AUGUCGCUAGAUAAAACCAAUUCCACUAAAUCAUCAAAAGAUGCUGUUCCUAGUAGUGAACCGUAUAAAAAGCGACGCAUCACCGACAAUAACAUAAAUGAGCCGACGAUUGAACUUGUAACAGGCUUUGAAGACAAUCAGAUCCAAAGCCUGAACCCAAAAGAAAGAACUGAUCAACCAAUAAUAAUUCCAGCAAUGAAGAACGCAAAUUGGUUAGAACGAAGUCAGGCACUCGCAGCAGCACGCUCUAAAGAAAGUGCUAAAGUGAAAACCACAAACGUUAAAACACUAGAUAAUUCCGCGCAGUCGCUAAAGCAGCAGGACUUGGCGGAAAAUAAAGAAAGUGACAAAGUGAAAACUACAAGUGUUAAAACAUCUGAUAAUUCCGAACAGUAUCUUAAACAGCAGGCUUUAGCAGAAAUUUUAAAGGGUCCAAAAACUGAAAGUGAUAUUGAGCAGACAGAACAAACACUCGUAUUGCAAGUAGGGAAAAACAAAAAUCUCGAAUCUAGAAAAGAAAAAGCGUUAGAUUUGGAAGCAUUUCGGCGUGAAGUAGAAGGUUUACCAGAUGAAGCCGAUAUUGAUUAUGAUAGUGUUCCAAUAGAAGAUUUCGGAGCAGCAAUGCUUAGAGGAAUGGGAUGGAAACCAGGGAUGACAAUUGGAAAAAAUCAGAAAAUAAAAUCCAUUGAAUUGCGUGAGCCAAAAGCGCGUCCUACUCACCUUGGAUUGGGCGCAUCACCACUUCCGGCCAAGGAUGCUCAUGGCUUACGUUAA